AUGUUAAAUUUAUAUAAUGGUACAGUAAUAACAAAUAAUCGAAAAUUACAAUUUUUAUUUGAAAAUAAAUUAUCAACAGAUGAUAAAGUACCAAAAACAGGUCGAAUUUUACGAAAUAAAAUAUUUGUUAUUGGCUUUCCACCAAAUUGUACUGAGAUUGAUUUGGAAAAAUUCUUUUCAAAUUUUGGUUUAGUACGUGAAACUCGAAUUGUUAAAGAUGAAAAUGGAAUAACGAAAGGAUAUGCAUUUAUUACUUUUGUAAAAGAACGUUCAGUAAUGCAUGCGCUUGAGUAUCGAGGACCGAUUUAUUUUAUGGAUAGAAAAUUAUCAAUUAAUCCAGCUGUUAAAAAACAAAAUCAAUUCAUUCAAACCGAUCGAUGUUUAUCAUCAUCAACAAGUAUUGAUACACCAUCUGAUAUAUCAUAUUCAUCAACAAAUCUCAAUGCUCCUCCAAUCAAUCAAACAACUAUACAUCAUUAUUAUAAUACUGAUUCACAACCAUAUUUUCAUUAUAAUAUGCCAUCACAUCCAGUUUAUUGUACAUCCGGAUCAGGUCCUAUUUGGCAUCAAUAUUUUUCAACAACAACUAAUUAUCCAGUAUGUGUUUUAUAG